AUGUCCGUGUUCUCCGGAAUGGAACGCAUCAUGGACAUGGUGUCCUUGCACCAGCAAGCACUGCACCGGCUUGUGGAUUCACAGCACGAGACCCUCCGCGAAGCGUUGCGAAACGCAGAUGCUGCUGGUGAUGGCAGCUAUCCGUCGCAGCCAUCAGAAUCAAUGUUUGCAUUGGAAGGCGCCUUCCAGUGCCUCGAGCACCGGGGUCGCCCUUUGCAACCGCUGCUGCCGCCGGACAUAGAUCCGACUCCAGAACCACAAAAAUCGUUCAUGACCGAGUGCGCUGAGAGUGUGAGAAGUCCAGAUUCUGGAGCGGCGAUGGGUCAGGUCGUCUCCGCCAAGAUCCAAGAACUCGACGAUGAGUUCAACAAGUUCAACAAUGGCGAACAUGCCGUAGAUUGCGACGCCGAACGCGAUAGCACGAAUGUGGGGAAGAUGUCAGAGGGCACGAACCCUUUUGGAGGCGGAGGACCGGCCAAGGCACCCACCCUCAUGCGAUUGGACAUGAUGGCUGGGAUGUGCGUGCUUCUGAACUCUCUGGUCAUGGCCGUGGAGCUAGAGUUGGAAGGACGUGUCACCGGCUCCAAGAUAGGCCUCGAGAGCUUACCGGGUGUUGACAUGAGCGACUUCUUCACUGCUUGUGACAACAUCUUUGCAGUCCUGUACUUCUUUGAGCUCUGCGCGCGGAUUUACUACGAGCGCUGUCGCUUCUUCCAGGGCGCGGCGAAUUGGUUCGACAUUUUCCUUGCCACCACCACCUGCCUGGAUGUCUGGCUGUUGCGGCCCAUGGCUUUGGGAGGUGGGGCCACUGAUCAGAUGAUCCUUCUGCGUCUAGCGCGGGCCGUCAAAUCCAUGCGGGCCAUUCGCAUGGUGCGUACUCUGCGCCUUUUUCGUGGGCUGCGCGUUCUCGUCAUGGCCUGCAUUUCCUUCCUUCCCUCGCUUUGCUGGUCCAUGGUGCUGCUCGCGGUGUUCAUGAUCAUGGGUGCGCUGAUGCUGGGCAACCUGCUGCAGGAGUUCAUCGCCAAUCCCGAGGAGGACAUGAUCUGGCGAGAAUGGGUCUGGAUCCAUUAUGGUACAGCGCUGCGGUCGAUGUACACGCUUUAUGAAAUAACUUUCGCAGGCAACUGGCCAACUUAUGCACGGCCGAUCAUCGACCAAGUGAGCAGCGUGUUCUCGAUUUUCUUUUUGGCGUACAUCACGCUGGUGGUUUUCGCGGUGAUAAGAGUAAUAACUGCAAUCUUUCUCAAAGACACGUUGGACGCCGCGAGCAACGAUGCAGAGCAUCUGGUUGUAGAGCGGUUGCAAAAGAGGUCGCAGUAUGUGAAUAAGCUGGAACGAAUCUUCAAAGCUAUCGACGAGACCGGAGAUGGCAUGAUUUCCCAGGCGCAGCUGAGCUCGGUCUUGGCCGACCCAAUCGUAAGGGCUUAUUUCCAGACCCUGGAGCUGGAUGUGCACGAAGGUGCCGCCCUGUUUCACAUCAUUGCCGCCAGUGAUGGCAUCGUGUACUUGGCCUUCAUCUUGGUUGGAACCGCCAGCGGCUGGUUUGUGAUCAAUGGCCUGCUCAACCUCAUCGCCAACGAGCCCGAUGUGUCUCAAGGAGGAAGGAUGACGGGUGAGGUGGCGCUGUUGGGCUCCAUCGUCAGCCUGACCCUUUGUGGCGUCUACCUCCUUUGGCUGGCGGCCUGCGGCAAGCCGUCGCGGCGCGCUGAGCAGAGGUGGAGCACUUCGGUGAUCUUGCUUGCGGUGGCGAGCUUUGCGGCCUUGGCCUUGGCAUGGGAUGUUCGCCCCCCAGGCUAUCCCAUGGUCUUGGCGACCGCCGUGACUGGGUCGAUCGUGGGCAACGGCUCGAUUCUGAUGCUCUUUCCGCUUGUUUCGACCUACUACGGGGGCUGGCUGGUGGCCCCGGUGAGGGCAGGCACGGACCUCUCGAGUAUGUUCACCACCUUCCUGGCGCAGUUGCAGAGCCCGGAUGGGGAAGCCCACACGUUUCCCAUGUGGCUCCUCUUCGUCUUCUACACCCUGAUCAGCUGCCUCGGCCUCGUUGCCUGGGCAGUGAUCCUUCAAAACGGCAUCGGGCUCAGGAAGGAGGGGGAGGCCACCAGCAGCAAAGAGGCUCCUGUGGUGGAUGUGGAGGUCCCUUCACCGCAGGUGGAAGAGGAGACCGAUUCGACCACAGCCUCGUCAGGCACCAAAGCCGGUGAGGAUUCCCGGGAGGCUCCGCGAAGCUUCUGCCUGGAGCAGCUGUCGGGGCUCCGCUGCCCACGGCAGCUCAUUCUGCCCGUGGUGCUGGCGACGUUGACGCAGAUCACUCAGUGGAGCUUAGCCGCCACCUUGGGGCAGAUCGGCGCAGAGAUGGCCGACCCUGUUGGAUGUGAUGGCGAGGUCGGCCGCCACAUCUGGCGACUCUCCCUCACGCUCUCCCAGAUCCUGGUUCCCGUCGGCUCUGUGUUCUCCUCCUUAGCUGCAUGCCCUCGGCCGAUCUUUAUCUGCCUCUGCCUGCUGCAGUACCUUUCCUGCUUCUUGUUUUGCACGGCUGCGGCGGGGCUCUGGCGCAGCUUCUGGACCAGCCACGUCGGCGGCAUGCUCUACAUCGCGUCCUACGCUGCCUGCGGCGGCUUGGAAGGCUACCUGCUCACGAUGGCGUACCGAUACAUCGGGGAUGCGCCUGAAGUGCCGGAGGGCCUGAAGCACAGCGCCGGGACACUCUUAAGCUUGCUGACGGUCAUUGUUGUCAACUCGGGCAACAUGUUUCUCGGUGCUGCUGUUGCAGGCAAAUCCACGGGGCAGAGGUUGAACGCAGGGCUCCUGACAAGUGUGAUCGCUGUACCCCUGACGACUGAGACUUUCCGGAUGGCAUACUGCGCUGCAAAGGCGACUUGGAUGCCGCAAGGUCUGGAGGGACUGAGAGGACCUGCGCGUGCAAUCGACCAGGUUGCCAUGCGCGCGGAACUCCACAAGAUCCAGCGCGAGCUGGAGAUAUUGUCACGCAAGCUUGACAAGGACGCCCCCUCGACGGAAGCCCUUCGGGCACAGUUCCGAAAAGCUUCGGCGCUGCAGCUUCACAAUCUUCACGUCUUCUCACGCCAGGAGAUCAGCAGCUACCCUUUGCACAGCAAGCGCAGCCUCUGA